AUGGCUCAGGCAGAAAUGGUGACGGUGCGUAUGUCGCGGGGCCAAAUGAAUACGCCGUGGGGUUUCGAUAUUGGACCUGAACUCACCAUCAUCAAUACAAUCGGAGGAUCACUAGCUGAUCGUGCUGGUUUAUUAAAUGGUGAUGUUUUAGUAGAACUUGAAGGUCACCAGAAUUUAAAUAUCGAAUUAGCAAAACAAUUGUUGUCGAAAACAGAACACAGAGUGGAAUUGGUUGUGCAUAGGACAGGAGGCAACAUGACUCAUCGAAUUUGGCAACCGUCGGUAACCGAAAAUACAGAAUAUAACAAAUUUCAACAUUCUGUAUUCAGUGUUGCUUCGACCAAUACAGAAAAAAUGGGACCUCCGAUUGUUCCUUUAAAAGUUUCUCUGGAACACCAAAAUCCGGAAUCAAUUGCAAUUCCGGGUUUUAAUGUUGCAGCUCAACCAUUCGGUGAUCAUCAGGAAGUGAAACAUUUACAGUACAAUUCACCUAUGCCUCUUUAUUCUCCUCAAACUGCUGCUGAACAAUAUCUUCAGCAAACAGGUGGAUUAUUUGGGACUGACCCAAAUUUGACUAAACAAAUGGAAGUUCCGUCGUAUUUACGGUCUGAGACGCUUCGCCUUAUCCAAGAAUGCGAGCGUUCUAAAGAAAAUGGUGAACAAAUGAUACCAGUUAGGCCAAUUAAAGCUGGUUAUGAAACAACUCGACCGAAAUUGAAAAAUAUUUCCGAAGUACCGAUGUGUUUUAUUUGUGGACGCAAUAUAAAAGGAGUGAUGUGUAGAGCAUUUGAUCGUACACUACAUAGUGAUUGCUUCCAAUGUUCGACAUGCGGCAGCUCGCUGAAGAAUCAAGGACACCACUUUAUCAACGACAAGUUUUACUGUGACGUCCAUGGUCAUCAGCUUAGAGGAGGUGGUGGCGUUGCAAGACGUAACGAGAUCCAUUGGGAGAGGUCUAAAAUGGUUCCAGCUUCUGACAAAAAUACUUUGCUAACUCCGUAUCAUCCAGAAAUUACAACUGGGCAGUCAAUUUCAAUCAGUCCAACACCGUGGAAAACACAAAGUCCCAUCAGUCCUAGCAGUCGAGGUGUGCCACCAGCGGCUACUCAGUAUGGCCACGAAUUAAAUGAACUGAGGAAAGAAAUUUACAGUUCUUCAAUGAGUUCAGUCAACAGGGAUUCGUAUAACAAACCAUCAAAUGUACAUGAACCGCAAAUUGAGUUGGCAAAAAGUCGAGAUAUACUUCAUGCUCAAAGUAAUCGUGUAUCUUGCUGCGAAGACUGCAAACAAGAAAUAAGGGAUGCAUACGUCUUAGCCAAUGGAUUAGCAUAUUGUCCAGAUCACUUUAUAUGUUCUAACAAACUAUGUGGUCGCAAACUGUUGGAUAUUGGUUUUGUAGAAGAAAAGGGACACAAAUAUUGCGAGCGUUGCUUUGAGACUGAAAUUGCUCCACGCUGUGCCAAAUGCAAUCAACCAAUAAUUGCUGAUUGUCUCAAUGCACUCCAGAAACAAUGGCAUCCGCACUGCUUUGCUUGCACGUACUGUCACAAUCCAUUUGGAAAUUCUGCAUUUUUCCUCGAACAAGGACAACCGUAUUGCGAAACAGGCAAGCUCGUCACAUUAUUCUACUUCUUAAAUCUUCAUAAAACAGCUGAGCACUGGAAUACAUUAUUCACAACUAAGUGCGUGUCGUGUCAUUACCCGAUAGAAGCUGGUGACAGAUGGGUGGAAGCACUUGGAGUUGCAUUCCAUUCAACCUGCUUUAACUGCACGAGCUGCAAUGUGAACUUAGAAGGAGAGAGUUUUUAUGCCAAGAAUGGAGCACCAUAUUGCAAAUUGCAUGCUUAA